UCAUCUAUAUGAAUUACUACUAGCUAGUGUAUGUAUGUUCACACAAACUACAAAAAUGAUGAAACUAUCACCAGAAUCCGUUAAUCUUACCGGCAAAUCCACGCAUUUCUCGGCCGAAUGUUGGUUCGACGACACAUGUAUCCUCGACAUGGACUACUUUGUCAAGACACUUUCCGGUAUUAAAGCCAAAGGUGUCCGUCCUGAACUCAUUGGCUCAAUUAUUACUCACUACGCCUCUAAAUGGCUCCCUGACCUUUCUAAUGACGAAGGUUCAGAAGUUUUUAUGGGACUGAAAGAUUUUGAGGACUCACCGGAAAGUGUAACAGCGAUAUGGAUGAAGAAGAGGUUUUUCGUGGAAACAUUAGUCGGAAUUCUCCCGCCGGAGAAGGAUUCGAUUCCGUGCAAUUUCCUUUUACGGUUGCUUCGGGUAGCGAAUAUGGUUCGGGUGGAGCCAAGUUACCGGGUGGAUUUGGAGAAAAGGAUAUCAUGGCAAUUGGACCAGGCUACAUUGAAGGAGUUAUUGAUACCGUCAUUUGUUCAUACGUGUGGGACAUUAUUGGAUGUUGAACUUGUUCUUAGGUUGGUUAAGAGGUUUAUGAAUUUCGAUGAAAGUGUAAGAAGUGGAUCUGCUUUAAUUAAGGUUGCUAAACUUGUGGAUAAUUACUUAGCUGAAGCUGCUGUUGAUGCUAAUUUGACAUUGUCCGAGUUUUUUGGACUUGCUGAUGCACUUCCUGCUCAUGCUCGUUCUACAGAUGAUGGCUUGUACAGAGCCAUUGAUACCUACCUCAAAAUACAUCCCGGGGUGUCAAAACAAGAGAGAAAAAAUCUAUGUAGAUUGAUCGACAGCAGAAAACUGUCGCCAGAGGCAUCUCUGCACGCAGCGCAAAACGAACGUUUACCAGUGCGAGCAGUAAUUCAAGUAUUGUUAUCCGAACAAACAAAGGUUAACAAGCAUCAAAUUGAUUGGAGUGGUUCUUUUAUAAGCGGAACGCGAAGCCCCAAUCAACUAGGACUAAUUGAGCCUCCAGCUCGGUGUAUGUCAAAGCGCGAAAUGAACGUUCAACAAAUGGAGAUAAAGAGGCUAAAAGAAGAUGUGUUGAGGCUACAGAGUCAGUGUAUGACAAUGCAAUCGCAAAUUGAGAAGUUAUUAGAGAAGAAACGAGGAAGUGGUUUGUUUGGUUGGAAGAAGAUAAUUGUGCCUUCUUUAAUGAAUAAGAUUGAUAAAAUUGGUGGAGAGAUUGAUAGAGAAACUGAUGUGGGAUAUGUUGCAAGACAAACUCCAGGGGAUAUGAAAACUAGGCUUGUUAGAGGCAGAACACCUAACAAGUGGAGGAAAUCUUUGUCCUGAUAAGAAAAAAAUUGGUGUUGAAUUUGGAAUAGGUGCAUGUUAUCAGUCAAUGCAAAAGUACUAGAAC